AUGGCUCUCAAUUGUUGACUAAUUUAUUGCAAAACAAAACAAAUUGUGAUUUCAUUUGUAAUGUAAAUGUAAUCACGAUUUGCUUCACCACUGGUUGUAAUCGUAUUCACGUUUUGUCUCUUCAUUUGGCCAUCAAAUCGUUGAACAGAUCGGUCGCCGCAUCGGAUCCCGUGUUCGGACCAAUCGUUUCGCUCGGAUCGGAGUCACAACCGAUCGCAUCAGUGAUACUCUUGACGCCAUCGCAUCCACUAUUGUGUCGACCCUUUUGUUUGGCCAUUGAAUUGGAUCCCAGUUUGUGACCGAUUGUGCGGACACAAGCCGUCGACCGCCGCCCACACCAGACGUACGCCAAGAUGUUAGUCACAGAACCGGUUCAAGCGACCAUCUCUUUCGCACUCAAGCACUACGCCUACAGCGACGCCAUAUUUCUGGCCGAACGGCUCUACGCCGAGGUAUCGACCGACGACUCCCUGUAUCUGUUGGCCACGUGUUACUACCGGUCGGGCAAAGCGAACGCCGCCUACUCUAUACUCACGGGUUGUGACUGCCGUACGGCUGACUGUCAGCUACUGUUAGCCCGAUGUUGUCUCGACCUUAAGAAGUAUAACGAAGCCGAAGAGGCGUUGGUCGGGAACCUGAGGUCAGAUCGGUGUACGAGCAGUACAUUCACUGUAGAAGAGUUGCGCAAAGAGUUCGGCGACUCGGCCUCAUUCGCCGCCCAAUUGAUGGCUCAGAUUUGCGGCAAAAUUGAGAGACACGAGAACUCAAUGCAUUACUACCGCGAGAGUCUGAAAGCGAAUCCAUUCCUCUGGUCGUCGUACGAGAAUCUGAUCCAAUUGGGCGUUAAAGUGAAUCCCAAUGAGAUAUUUAAUAUAUUGAAUGUGGAAUUCAGCCAAUGUCUGGGCUCUAAUCCAUUAGUGAAUCUAUUGAAUGCCAACUCCAACGCGAGUCUUAUAUCUAAUAGUAAUUGUCGAGUGUCUGAAACCAAUUGCAAUACUAGUCAUCUUCAGAACAUUACCACAACAACAGCCACUAAAUGUGAGAUUACGUCGCCGUUCGCUGUCAUCAGGUCUGCCAACGAAAUGGGAACCAUUGAUGUGAUAACACCCGAAAAUAAUCAAUGGGUGACCACAACAUGUGUGGCCCCACAGAAGCUCAACGUCCACAACAAAGUCACCCGAAAGUCGACCACAAAUCUAAAGAAUGAGAACGUAUUCACCAAAAAUCUACUUAACUCUCAGAUGACUCCCAUUUCGCGCCAUUGUUUUGGUGUCUUUCCGCUGACAGACGCCUCCACUCUAACGAUUAAGUCGACCGCAGAGUCGGACAUCAGUCCGAAGACACAUUCCGACGAAAUCCAGGCCAAGAAACCCCACACCAGACGCAGUCAACAGCAGAUACAACCGCCGCAACCGAUCGCUCCGCCGAUUGGCACUCAGUCGACGCGAAGCAAUGCGUUUAAGUUACAGCUCUCUAAUAAUCAACAGUCAUCGGAGACCACAGUUUCGUCGGUCUCGCUGUCGGGUUCGCCCAUUCAGUCGCAAUCGUUGCGCCGUUCGUCGCGACUGUUCAGCUCAUCGCAGAGCUCUGUCAAAGAGAACACCGCCAACAAAGCGCCGCCCAAACUGAUCACUCGUCCGCGAACUCCCAUCAAACGUACCAAACGAACCAAUUCUUCGACGAAUAUCACGUCUCUGACCAACAGUUCGACGAAUCAACAGAAAGAAAGCGAAUUGAAUGAAAUGAACAAAUCGGAGCUCCAGAAGGGAGUGGUGUCGGGCUAUGACUUGAUGCAGACGGGCAUUAAAAUGCAAAAAUAUUCGGCUAAAGGCCUGUUGGAUCUGAUGGUACAGUUGGGCACAGCGUUGCAACACUUGGGACAGUUUGAGUGCCGCGAGGCUAUCGACGCGCUCGAGUCACUGCCGAUGAAUCACUUGAACACUGGUUGGGUGUUGACAGCGCUCGGGCGCGCGUACUUCGAGAAGUCCCGUUACGAGGAGGCGGUCAAGUACUUCACGGAAGCGCAUCGACACGAACCCCACCGCCUGCAGGGCAUGGAGUACUUGAGUACCGCUCUCUGGCAUUUGCAACGAGAAGUG